AUGCCAUCCGCCGUUAAACUUUAUCGAAGAAUAAUUAUUUGUGUAGUCAACUUUUCUGUAGUUGGGGAUAGUUAUUUAACGUCGUUGCCUUGUGAAUAUUUACCAUUGUAGUUGGCGUAGCUACAUUACAUAGCUUAUAAUGUACUGAACUGUUCAGCAAAAUAAUUACCCCAAGAGAAAGACGGCGUGGGUAUGAUCUGCAGGGCCAGUGAGAGGCUGUGGCGGCCCCCCCAGUAGCUCUCACCACGGCGGGGGACAUCAAGACCUCCGUCUGCAGGGUGGUCAUCUACCUUCAGAGGGACAUGUCCGGGGACAGCUGCCAGCUCCCCCUGCACCGGCUAUGCCUCCAGACCCAGGCCAUCUCCACUGACUCCCAAGCCAUCAGACCUCCCUAUGAAGCCUCCCAGAUGGUGUGUCCCAAGUCCAAGACGUGCAGCUACAGAGCAGCGUUGGGCCUGGGUAACAAGUAUGUGCGUCUAAACGUAGGGGGGACCCUAUUCUACACCACGCUGCAGGUGCUCACUAGGCAGGACUCCAUGCUGAAGGCCAUGUUCAGUGGCAGGAAGGAGGUCUUCAUUGACAGAGAAGGCUGGAUCCUGAUAGAUCGUUGUGGGAAGCACUUUGGCUCCAUCCUGACGUACCUGCGGGAGGAAGCGGUCACCUUGCCCCCUGCCAGGCAGGGGGUUCUGGAGCUGCUGGCUGAGGCCAAGUAUUACCUGAUCCAGGGUCUGGUGGAGCUGUGCCAGGGAGGCCUGCAGGACCAGAAAGAGCUGUCUCUGUGUGUAAUCCCUGUGAUCACCUCUGCCAAGGAGGAGGUGAGACUGAUCCAGGCCUGCACCAAGCCUGUAGUAAAGCUGCUGUACAACCGAAGCAACAACAAGUACUCCUAUACAAGUAAUUCAGACGACAACCUGUUGAGGAACAUUGAGCUGUUUGACAAGCUGUCUCUGAGCUACAAUGGCCGUGUUCUCUUCAUCAAGGACGUGAUCGGUGACGAGAUUUGCUGCUGGUCGUUCUACGGACAGGGACGCAAACUGGCAGAGGUCUGCUGCACCUCCAUAGUCUACGCCACGGAGAAAAAACAGACCAAGGUAGAGUUCCCGGAGGCCAAGAUCUACGAGGAGACCCUGAACGCUCUGCUCUAUGAGACACUUCCUGUCCCUGACGACACCUUAUUGGAGGCCACACGCCGUCGCCACGCUCACUGCGGUUCCCACAGUGAGGAGGAGGAAGGCCCCACCCACUCGGGGGCGGACCUUAGGGAGCGCGUGCGCCGUAUCCACGUCAAGAGGUACAGCACCUACGACGACCGGCCGCUGGGACACUAAGGAUGCAUCUCAAAUGGCGCACUAUGAAGUGUACUACCAAGUGUACUACUAAUCCUUCAACUCCUUGUCUCCUGGUCAGUCACAUCUCAAAGAGAGCCUCCUCAAAAAAAUGGGUCAGAUGAUUCAUCAUACUUAUCAGCAACACCAAUUGCUUCUACUGCAGUCCUUGGUGAGAGUUAGUGUUGGCUCCCAAAUGGUGCCCUAUUUCCCCAUCCUAUGCCCAUAUGGCACUGGUCAAAAGUAGUGCAUUAUGUAGGGAAAAGGGUGCAAGAGAAAGGAAACUGGUUCCCCGCUGGCUCUUCACUCAUUCACAAACACCCACCGCUGAGGCACUGUUGUCAGUGGUCUCACAAAUAUGGCCUUGGGCACAAAAUGGCUGCCAUGCUGCAUCACCCUGGUGCCUGACAGACUUUUUGUCGAUGGACAACUGAUGAUUUUAAAAAUGUUGAUGCUUAUGCUAUUUCUCCUUUUUUCAAUUUAUAUAGAACUCUCUUCUUCACAAUCAAUCAAAAUGACGAUCUUCAUGUUUAUACCUCGGUCUAGAAUGGAACCGAUAAGAUAUAUUUUCCCACGUGAGCUUUUAUUCAGAUAAUUUAAUAUUUUAUUCAGAUAAUUUAGGCUUUUUAUUCAGAUAAUUUAGGCUGCAUUCUAUUUUCUGUAUUGUGCACUACUUUUGACCAGGGUCCAAAUGUAGUGCACUACAGAGUACAGAAGUGUGGGUAAACACAGGCGACUAUAUUGAUAAGUCACCUUGUCCGAGAGAGAGUUGCAUCAUCAAAACGUCACGCCAGGGUAAGUCAACGUGAAACACAGCCCUUAUUUUAAGUGUUUCUAAAAUCUAGGAGGGAAAAUAAAUGGUGGAAGUACGAUUGGAACCAUUUCCCUGUUUGACCGCUAGGUUUUAUGGGUAUUGUGGGGAUCUAUAUAGGGAAUAGGGUGCCAUUUGAGACAGUCCUAUACUGUCAUCACUUCAGCAGCCAAUCACAUAUCAGAUAGGUCUACAGACUACUAAUAGGUAGCCAUUAGACACAGGUUCAUUUAUUAUACAGCUAUAGACCAUUUCUUUUGGCGUUGUGUGACAAGUUAUAGAUUCAAAAUCAGCUAUCAUAGCCCUAUUGCCUUCUGUGAAUAGAUGGAAGACGGUGAAUGUUUUUUUUUUUUUUGAGUAUAUUUAUAGUUUUGAGAUUUUCUCAUUUCACAUUUUGACAUAUAAUCAUGCCAAAGACUUUCAAUGAAAUUAACACGAGGGACACAUUCAGCGACGUCUAUGAAUCGUUCAUCCUCGUUACCAGAUACUUCGGCCCAAUGCUUUGUGCAGUAGCCCCCGUGGGGGGACGAGGUUAAUGAAUGGCAGAUCGUGCUUAUUAACAAUUUUAAUCAAGUAUUCACUCAAGACAUUUCCUCUUAACACUUAAGAGCCUCUUGUGUUUUUAAUGCAGUUGAAUCUUUAUUCCUUUUUGUUUUUCACUUGGUUUUCCGUAAUAAAAACGUUUCAAAUAAUAA